AUGUCUCAAAUCGAGGGAGAUGAGUUGCUUGUGGACGAUGUCAGGGAAUUCGAAGUCUGCCUGGGCAAUGCCGUAUCGUCCGUCAGCCUGAAUGCUAACCAAUACGGAGCAUUGGUCUCGUGGUCUUUCAACGUCGGUUGCGGCAACAUGAGAUCGUCCACACUGGUCAGGAGACUUAAUGGGGGUGAGAGCCCGAACACUGUGGCAGCUGAAGAACUUCCCAAGUGGAACCAGGCAGGAGGCCAGACCGUACGAAGUCGGCGACUUGAACGAACGGGGUAG